CCUUACCAGUUCCCACCCACGCAGCGAGGAACCAAUCAAGGAACAAGAAGGAGAUGCAAUGGUCGAGCUGCUGUGUUCGCCCCUGCCGAGGCCGGCCUCGUUCACCUGCCGGAGGUGGUCGACCACCUCGCAACCGGGGACGCCGACCACUGAGACCACGCCCACCACCAUGCCGCGCACGGGCAAGGGCACGGUCAAUAUCGCAAGCACAUUGGAGUGGCGGUCGUGGCGCACUGAUGGAUAUCGACAUAUCGUGGAGACCCCCGGCAAGUACGCCUUCCUUCUAGACGUCCUCAGGCUCUCCACGUAGGACAUCCAGCUACGAGCUACCACGCCAUGGCCGCAUCCGUUUCUUCUCGGACCGAGCUCGAUUCAACAUCACCAAUGAACUAACAUUUGGGCGUGUACUCAUUUUCCUCGACAGCUGACUCUGAAGGGCGACAGCGUGCUGGUGAUGAAGAGCCCCAACUGGAAGCGGAAGGGGGAGGAGGAGGAGGGUGACUGCUGCUACAUCCGGCUGGAGCGCCGUGAGUCGCCGUGGUCGUUCGUGAGCAAGUUCCGGCUGCCGGAGGACGCGGACGUGGGCGUCGUGGCCGCGCGCUGCGAGAACGGCGUGCUCACCGUCACUGUCAAGAAGCAGCCGCCGUCGGAGAAGAAGGCCAAGUCCGUCCAGGUCGCCAUCGCCUGAUCGUCCGAGCCAGAGCCUUCAGUCACGCGAACUUUCGGUACCUUGUGGGCGUUUGUCGUCAGUGAUCGUUCUUGCAGUAGAGUAGUGUGUCAGAGUCUGGUAGAUUUGGGUGUUAUUUGUAGUCUCCUUCUCUGUUUGUGAUCUGGCCGGACAUUAGGUGUGCUUCAACCUCUGCAUGAAUCUCGCUGUUAAAGGAACUAUGGAGCACGAAUUGUUCUUAGUUUGUUGCAUCAACCUCUGCAUGUAUCUUCCCAGCUUGAUCGAAUACAGCCGCGUGCCUGGAUUCAGUAUCAAGAUUCAUACAUGUUUCACGUAAUCUCAGCGGAAAACAGAAUGGGAAUUUUGUUUGGUCAGGUAAUCAACGACUGAACACUCUCAACUCCUAUGUGAGUUCCACGAUCCAAAUUAACUCUGUUCUCAAGUGACAUGA